AUGUCGGAAAGCUGUUUGAACGCCGGGCGAGGAGGGAGGCGCGGGAGGGAGCGAGAUAGUAAAGCUCUGUCUCGGGUGUGCGCGCGGCGCGCGGCGCUCGCUCUACUCGGGCGCGCGAGGGAGGGGGCGCGCGGCCCUGAGGCGCGCGCCGGGCCCCGCGUGCUCGUGGGCGCGCGCAUGCAGCGCGGUGAGCCCGGCGGCCGCCUGGGGUCCGCGAGCGCAGCGCGGCCGCGGCGCCUCGCUGAGCUCCGCCUGGGCCCUGGCGGGGCGCGGAGGGAGCGGCGCGGGAGGGCGGCGGGAGGAGCUCCAGUCCGGGCCGCGGUGCGCCUGCACGUCACGGCUGCUCCGAGCCCAGCACGUCCCGGGAGCGGUGCUUUCUGCGCCUGGGAGCGCCGACCUGUCGCAGCUCUCAUUUCCGCACCGGGAUUCGGAGGGAUGGAUUGCCCGCCGCGGAGGGGGCAGGUCUCGGCCUUCGAACUACUUGCGUUCCCGGGUGGAACAAUCCUAGUUUUUCUCAGCGAGGCUGCAAUUAACAUCUUACUUGCUCUGGCUGAUAGCGGCGACCGAGGUUGGGCGUGUGCGUUGCUUUCUGCAUGGCAAUGGGAUCGUGGUUAUGGGGUCUAAACUUUUGUUUUCCUAAUGUUUCCGAUUCUUUUUUCGAGUUUCCCUAGUAACAGUUUGGGGACGCAGAUGGGAAGGAAGGAGGGAAAGGAGGAGGAGAAAUGACCAGAUUCUCGAUUUAUCAGGGAAAGGGGGAUAAAUUUCCACCACUCCCCACCUCGAUUUUCUUGCUUUCUGGACAGUUGGCUGACAGGUAUUUGAUGAAUUAGAUUACAGUACGUGCUGCAAAAGGUCAUUCUCCUACCGAUUAUGCCUCUACUUGUAAACGCAGUUGGUGGUUUGCAAAACAGGUGCUAAAAUAGUGCGUUGAAGUGGUGGGAAGAGACCACACUAGGUAAUUCAUAUAAAGUGUGGAGUCUUCCUAUGGGCGAGUUGCUUGAGCGACAGGUGAAGUUGAAUAAAACAAAUUCCCACCAUUUUCUCUCCGUACUUUUUCUGCAUUUUUUCUUCCUCUUGUUGUUCCUCACGCCUGGGGCGAUUGGAUAGCCAAGAACAUCAUUUUAAAAGAGGAUUGUAGUGCAAACAGGGAGGUGCGCUACAGUGAUCUUCUAUUCACAGGAGUUGUUUGAAAUAUUAAAAUUGGCCCUUUACUGCUCAAUACAUAUUAAUAGGGUGACCCUCUUUAAGUCUUUUUCUUCUGGGACAGGUGUUCAGAAUAACACUCUGUAAGGGAAACAGUUAAGCAUUCCCCAUCCAGCAGGCUUUAACCAUGUUCCAGGAGAAUUCACUGCUGAGAGAGCCGCCUGGGUGGCGUUUUGGUUUUGUGUCGUUUUUGGUUCAUUACAGUAUUUUUUAUUCAUUUAAGAGAAUGCGAAAGGAAAAUAAGCUUUAUGUCCAGGGCGUAAUCCAAAACAUUGUGUCUUCAGCAAACACUUAAAAAAAAAAAAAAACACAACAUUCAGCGACAGAAAGAAGAAAUACAUUUCAUUUCAACUUCCACAGAGAUUGUGAUUAUGAUAUUUGCAAGACAUUUUGGUCAAUUCUGUUAUUUUUGCCAGAAGCAAAAAUAAAGAGACUAAUGACAUGCAAAAAAAAUGGAGAAAAGGAGAAUGGUUUGCAUGCUUUGUACAUAAGAAAGAACCAGUGUGAGGUUUAGAAAUACUUCUACUUUGCAUCUAGGGAUUUCUCACAUUAUCUUUGAACACUGAUUUAGAUGUUUCUUUAAAAAUCUUGUGUGUCUCAUGACAGUGACAUAAGAAUAACAGCCAAAAGGGACAAUUUAAAAAGCCUUAAUCCUGCAGGGAAAGGAGCACACACUCUCAGAGUCAUUUAUAUUCAAGAGGAAUGCAGGAUUGGGUUAGGGAGAAAGCCACCCUUAAUAAAGCACU